UGUCAAAUCUUUCGGUCCUAGAUUUUCACUCUGGCUCAAGAUGAAACAGUAGUCUCGUGGUACUAUAUUCUGUCUCUCUUGUUCAGGUCAUUGCAUUCCAUUAAUGGAGAAGAGGAGGAGACGCCCCUUAUAACAACCAACUAAACGAAUAAAGAAAUCAAGAACAAAACUUCACAACACAACUCCAGAAAGCUGAAGGCUACCUUUUUUAUUUUUUUAUUCUUUUCACCAUCAUCGGUAUUUCUCUUUUGCGAAUUUCACCAUUUAAUAUUUGUUUUAGGCAGGCUGGAAAUUGAGGACGGUCAGGACACUGGUUUUCCAAUACAUUUCUGGGACAAAUGGGUCAGGGUACUCAACUUCUAUGCCAGUCGUUUUCUUCACUUUGCAAUCGCACUCAACUAAUGCUGUGGGCAAUAGGCCAGAUGAGUAUAUUCUGAUUAACGAUGCUGAGGAACCCCGGUUGGGAAUGUUUGACAAACCCCUUCCUUGUUUUGGCUGUGGAAUUGGAUGGUUUUCUUUCUUGCUUGGAUUUGUGUUCCCAUUAAUGUGGUACUUUGCAACAAUUCUCUACUUUGGGAGGUACUACCAUAAGGAUCCAAGAGAACGAUCAGGGCUAGCUGCCUGUGCAAUAGCUGCUACGAUAUGCACAGUAGCUGCAGUGAUUGCCCUGGUUGUUACUUUGUUGUAGUCUAUGCCACCACAGUCCCAUCUUAGCAAUGGCUACUCAAGUGAGAGAAAAGAUGAAACUGAUACUAUGCAGUAAAACUUUCACCCUUCAGUCCCAAAGGAAAGAAAAGAGCAUCAAUGAUACCCAGGUUCUAAAUAUGUGAAUUCUGUGGCAUACUGAAUCCUUUUUCAGUCUGCUACAUAAAACAGUGUAAAACAGCAAAGAAUUUUUACGGAGAAAAAAGAACUGUUAAAUAUCCAUAUAAUGUGAAAGUUCAAUUGUAGCAAAUGAAAUGAGGUAACUGAUUCUUUUAUUGUCAAACCUCCAAAAAAAAAGUUGGUAUGAUGCCAAAAAGGUUUUGGCACUUCUUGUUCAACGAAUCUAUAGAUUUCAACUUUAAACAUGCUGUUUACUGGGGCUUGAGCAAAAGCCUUGCUAGUCCAUUACUGUUCAUGUCGGUCACCAUCAGGAGUUGCAGAGCCGUCUCUACUUUUCUCACUUUUAAGUACACAGAUGUGAGUGUUAAAACCAGAAGAACUGCAAACAAGGUUUCCAAAUUCUCAAUACUACAGUAACAUGUUAUUAUCCCCUGAUCGCUGUUGGUGUUACUAAUUCAAUAUUACAGGAUGCUUAUGAAAUCAAUGCGCUUAAGGAAUUAAAGCUUGAGCUCUCUCUUAUCUUCCCUCUCUUUUCUGUGGCUCUAGUCUCCAUAAGGUUUUGAAAACUGUCGCACCGUUGGUCUUUUCCUAUCUGUGCUUCAUGUAUCUGAGGAUUCUUUGUGCUUAUGUUCUUAAGGUUUGUAGGGUUGUAUGCAUCUUCGUAGAGGUUUCGGAUCCUUACUCUUUUCUUCUGUAAAAGGCUAAACAAAGAUCAGUAAUUGGUAGCUCGUGGGUUUGAGUCUGAAAGGUGCAAAUGGGACAUCAAAAAGCACCCAAGUGAUCUGGACAACCCCUCCAUGGUGUCGUUGCCUUUUAAACUCUCAGCUGUUGGGGUUUAUUUUUUGGUUUUGAACCUGGGUUGCUGGUUUACACCGUUCCUAGUGUUCCUUGGUUCCUAUGGACAAGUAUGGCGCUCUGGCUUGGAUGGAAUCGUAGGCAGCAGCAGGGUUGAACAACUGGGUUCUCUCCUUUGUUCUGUCAUCUAGCCUAUAUUAGGCUUGGUAAAUUUGUUAGGCUGGCCUUUGUUUAGACCAUGGCUUGUGUCAUGCUAUUACGGCAUUUUUAGUUGUAAUGAAGUUCUUUUCUUUUUAUGGCAUUUUUAGUUGUAAUGAACCUCUUUUCUUUC